UUUCAAGCUGCGCUGUGGCAACGGCGUGUAAUUCAGCAGCGCGUCCGGGAAGGCCAAUGACUACGCCGAUCAAACUGCAAAGUUCGCCUACGAAGCUGAGGUGCAUGUUCGUCGCCAACGUCGCGGCGGGGAAGGCAUACCCCACCAAGGAGAACGCUCUGGACGACGACAAAUGCCCGCCUCCAGGCUACGAAUCCGGCGUCGGGGAGGUAGGCCACGGGCUGAACUAUGACGAGCUCGUUGUGUACGAGGAGGAAGCUGCCCUGCCAACGCACCUCAUCGUGUACGCUUUGCACUGAGCAUUUUAUUGAGCGGUCUUGCAUGCGGCCAAGGAACCGUUGAUUUUUUCACUUAUUUGGACUUGUGCGUGUUCAGUGUGAUCGUGUUCCCUGGCCUUGCGUUGUUCUCGUCCCAUUCUGAGACGUUUGACUACAUGGGGUAGCCCAGCAUCUGACAGUUUGCUGUCAACACUACAGUAGGUUUCUUCCUGGCGUGCGGUCUGUUAACGCGUUUUGUCUACGACGGUUAUGCUGAAUAUUGACGAAUGUAUGGGGGCGGUUCCACGU